AGCGCAUCAGAGGGACGCACGUUGCGUUUUCUGUCGUUCACUUUAACAUGAUGUAAGCAUUUCGUCAAAGACAACAUCGUGAAUCCCAGUCUCUUUGAAGCUCGUGCAAUAACAGUUGAAUCUGCAACAUGCAGGAACAGGAAAGUGGAUAGUGCUGACAAAAAGGGAUAUGAUAGUGAGUUUGUGAAGGGUUGCUAUGCUACACACAAUUAUUUCCACCACGAAAUUGGGCGUGACAACCGAGUGACCGCAGGUACAGGCACAAACAAUAUGCAACAUUAACACCAUAGAAGAGGAAAAGAGAGAGAAAAGAAGAUGAAAUAGUAAACAGGAUAAUGAGGAAAUUUCGCGGAAAGAGACGAUAAGAGAAGAUGAAGAGAGACGAUAAAUUAUGGAACAAUUAGUAGUAGUAGUGAUAAGUCAAUGAUGAUUCGAGGCUGAACGAAAAUCAACGGAAACGUGACACAGGGGAAUGAAAGAUAAAGAUGAGGAUGAAGAAAAAAACGCGGAUAAUAUAAGAAAGAACAGAGUGCAAAACAAAACACCCCCCAUAAAAACAAAAACAAAACAAAACAAAAAUAAGGAACAGACCGAUUGAAAAGAAAAGAAGAAACCACAGCAAGAACUGAAGAAAGGAAAGGACAGAAUCAGCUCGACAUAUCAACUGGAUGACCUCCUUCGACCCGAGACCGCACCAUGCAACCGCCCCUGGUCAUUCUCCUGAUCUCAGCGUUCAUGCAUGGCACUGUGACCUCGUCUGCGGCUGGAGGAAUGACCGAUGACCUCAUAGACUGCCGCAUCUACACCCUGGGCGUCGAGGGCGCCUCCAACCAGACGCCAACCAUCCCCUUCAGACAGCACAUGACCGUCAGCUUCUUCACCGCGGGCCAGGCAGACAGCCGCGUGCAGACGACCAUCCAUCUCGUGGACUCCAGCAGCGAGGGCGGCAGAUCUGUCACCAUCUUCAUCAACAGAGAUGCUGAGGUCGUCCUCCGAUCCGGCGGCACUCAGCUCGGCGGCUCCCUCAAGCUGCCGCCGGCCCCCUCCCCCCCCUCCCACGGGCGGUGGGGGACGUGGACCUCCCUCGUCGUCAGUUUCCACGAUUUUUGUCUCGUGGUGUACAGCCAGGAGGACCCCGUGGGCGCGGUGAUUGCCGCCGAUGUCAACCUGAAGGGCAACAUCUCUAGCUUCGUGGCCUCGAGCACCCUCACUUACCUCGUCCUCGACUGCCCGGCUGGGUGCCACGUCCACGAUGGGAGGUCCCCCCUGGUCAACCGCUGGCUCCCCCUACCCCCUCACCUGAACCUCUUCGUGGCGGCUUCGGGCCAGAACGCCUCGUCAAGCUUGUCUCUGGCCUUCAAGAGCGAAGCCACGGACUACCCCGGGCUGAAGGCGACGGAGCUCGAGGUCGGGAGAUGGCGCGGCAGGAACGGUCAGGCGGCGAGCGGGGAAUGGCACAGAGUCCGGAUAACGAGGCUCGGGGAGACUUCCGUCAAUAUCAGCUGGGGAGAAGGCAGCCGAAUAGUCGACGUUCCUCCGGGGAAGAGAGUGUUCAGCGUCGCCAACGCCAGCGCGGUGGUUUGGAGUCUCUACUGCUUUCCCGACGUGGCGAGAGGGCAGGAGGCGUGGCUGAACCACACCUCCCCCGCCCGCGACGACCCUCCGCCCAACCCAGACGAAGACGAGAGCCAGAGCGCAGGCGCGGAUGAAGAGAGCCAAGAGGAAGGCGCAGACGAGGGAGAGCCGCGCGAGGAAGGCAGCGUGGGCGAGGGCCAAGUGUGGGCGUGGGUGCUCACGGGACUGGCCUUCUUCCUCGUCAUGGUCCUGGCACUGGCACUCUGCACGAGGAUGAAGCCGCGCCGUGAGAUCACGUCCCAUGGCGACUACCUGCCCUCCAUCGGCAUCGUCAGCCACAGGCACAUUCCCGAGACGGGGGGGCGGGAGGCAGAAGAGAUGAGCGAACCAGGCUCACCCACCAUCCCCGUGCCUGUCAUCAACCACAAACUACCGGAAGAGAACGACCACUCAACCAAGAAACUGUAAGAGAAAGACGAAGGAAAAGAAGAGAACGACCACUCAACCAAGAAACUGUAAGAAAAAGACGAAGGGAAAGAAGAGAACGACCACUCAACCAAGAAACUGUAAGAGAAAGACGAAGGAAAAGA